AUGAACAAGGAAGAAGCCAAGGAAGACAGCUAUACUAUUGAUGCUAACAACGUUACGAAGUUCCACCUGGUCGAUACUGAUAAGUUGACUAAUAGUGAGUCUUUGAGUACCUUCAAACCCAUGUAUACCCAUCAAAUCUUCUCUUAUUUGGAGAAGAUUGUUGGCUAUCAAGGAUUAAAGAUAGACAUUUAUCUCAGCUGUGCGACCCUUAGAGCUUUGCUGAGGAUCCGGUACACCAAAUGACUGAAGAAAAGAAAUAAAGUAGAGGAAAAAUUAUCGAAGCACUUCGGCAAGAAUCUUACAACGAAUGAAAAAGUCUUUAAAAACUGGAUGAAAUUUGAUCUAGAGAAGUUUAGACCUAAAGGAAAAUAAAGUCUAUUCCUUUGACAGAAUCUGCGAUAAGCAUCGGCAUUAUGAAGUUUAUAAGAUCAGAGUGACAGACAAGCUAUUCUCGAAGGAAACCAAUCGUUCACUGCAAGCUUUGCUGUUCUUUUACAUCGAAAGCGCCUCGUUUAUUGAGCAAGAUCCAUGUUGGCAUUACUUUAUGCUAUAUGAAGUGGUCAAAAAGUUUAAAAAUAAUCCACCUUCAUACCGCCUGAUUGGAUUCUCCACGACUUUUGAAGAAGUUGAGAAGAGGAAGACGACCCAUAGAAUCUCCCAGUUUAUCAUCCUUCCAGCAUACCAAAAGCAGGGCUUUGCAAAAGCUCUUGUAGAGGGGAUUUAUAAGCACUAUAUUGAUGACAAAAAUUGAAAAGAAAUCAGUGUUGAGAAGCCAACUAAAGCAUUUGAAAAAUUAUGAGAAUCUGUCAAAACAAGCCUUCUCAAGGAUGACUGCAAGGCUAAAAGAGUUGCCCAGGAGGGAGAUAGUUAUAAGAAUACAAAGAACACAAAAAUACUGACUUCAGAUGAUAAGCAGACCAAGAGGAAGAGAGGUAAAGGAAGGCAAGGAGAGACCAAACCUAAGAAGACCAAGGAUAAAGAGGAGACUAAGAGAUGCAGAGACAAAAAUGAUAAAAACGAGAAGAAGAAAUUAGAUAAAGGAUCGACUCUCUCUACAUCAAGUUUGAUCGAGUCAGAAGAUAGUGAGUGGAUCGACCCUGUUGAAGAGAGUGGGAAGCAAAUGGAAAGUAUGGUGAAAAAGGUUAUUAGGAAGCCAGCCUGAAGUAAGAAGAAGAGGGGUACAAAGAAGAGAGUGGUGAAAGAGCAAAGGAAGAGGAAGCAGAGUGGGAGAAAGAUACCUAGAAGCAGAAAGAGGUUGCCAAGGCAAGCGAAAAGAGCAAAAUUAUAGAUUUUUACUAAGUAUUUUCAAAUGUA